CGGAGACUUGGGUAUCUUGAAUAUAUAGUUUAUGGUUCAGAUGUGUAUGAUAUUUCGUAUACUGAUUGAUAAUCGAUUUAUGUUUUAUUAUUAACAUUUUAGAAAAUUUUCUAUUUUUAAAAUGGAUUCAGGUGAAGUAUCUCCGCAAAAGAAGCAUAAAAAACAUAAACACAAAAAACAUAAGAAGAGAAAGAUAAUCCAUGAUGAUAGCGAUGGUUUUACAGCUGAAGCUCCAGAAAGUGAAAGAAAGAAAACAUUUAAAGUUAAAGUGAAGAAGGAAGAUGAAAGGAGUAUAGAAAAGGUUCGUGAAAAAUCUACCAAGAUAACCAAUUUAAGUUCAGCAGGAUGUGUAGCUACAUCUUCUUCAAAAGUUACAACAAAAAAAAAGAUACCAAAAAGUAACAGAGGUAAAGACAGUGGUACUAGUAGUGAAGAAGAAAGGUGGCUGGAUGCUAUCGAAUCUGGAAAGCUGGAAGAGGUAGAUGAUGAACUGAAAAAAAUCAAACCAAAAGAUCCAAAAUUAAUGACUGCGCGACAAAGAGCAAUGUUUGAAAGAAAGACAGAUGCAGAACCAAAUCCAGGAGUAGAACGACUUAUGUCAUUACCAACAGGAUAUAAAGAAAAGGUUAUGACAGCAGAAGCAAUUCAAAAAGCUGCUCUUAAGUCUUUGAAAAGAAAACAACUUGCCGAUGAGAAAAGGGAAAAAGAUAAAAAAAAAACGAUGGAAAGAUUAUUAAAAAAACAGGAAUCAAAAGCAUCCAAAAUAAUUGGUAAAGGUAAACCAUCUAAAAGACAAGUCCCCCUUGUUACUUAUCGUAUGACAAUAGGAGGAAGUUCAAUAUCUUUACCUCCAGGAGAAGAAUUUCCAUUGAAACCUGCGAAAGUGAGAGAAUUACCACUUCCAAUUCUGUGUGGUGUAAACAAGUGUAAAAAUCCCAAGAAAUAUUCUUGCUCUAAAACAGGUGUUCCUUUGUGCAGUUUAGAAUGUUAUAAAACGAAUAUGUUAUUAAAAGUAUAAUCGCAAAUGUAAAUUGAUGUUAGAAAUAUGUACAAAUGUUAAAAAUAUGAAUAAUUUAAGAGCAAAUUUGUAUAAAGCUAUAUGUUAGCAUGUUAUAUUAUUAUUUCUUAUUCAUUAUAAAAUAACAAAUUAAUAA